ACCCGUACGCUACGUUCCGCCGCACUGACGCUCGUCGUACCUCUGCUCGCACGCUUGCGGGCGGGUGGGGGGCGGGGGGCGGAUGGGCGGACGGGCGGGCGUACGUGGGAACGGGCGGGCGGACGGGUGGUCGGGCGGUUAGGGAGUCGGAGCAACGCUUGAAAGACGCGCAGAUAGAUGUCAGAUUCUCCCGUAGGGAGGUCUGGCAAGGUGAUAGUUUAGGCGGCAGAGUUUUACGCGGGCCAGUCUGUGUUAGAGCUUUGUCGCCAGGGUAGCUCCUUCCGAGCUGCCCAAACUGAGGGCCAGUUUUCCUCACAGGAGGAGGCUGGUGGGGCCUAGGGUGUUAGGUGUUAGGGGUACGACGGUUGGCUCUUUCACAGAACGGGCGUUUUCCGUUCUGCGUUUGGGUCUGCCGCCUUUGGGCGUCUCCCUCUGAGAUGUCGGUUAGGAUUUCUUUUUUUUAUAUGUCCGUGUGUGUAACUGUUGCCUUUUAGCCUGUUGUGUUCCUGAGCAGCAGAAGAGGAGGCUGUGGUGACCCGCCCGAUGCGGAAGGCUUCUGGGCCCUGUCGGCGGGGGCGCACCUCUCUGGCUGACUGGUUGAGGGAGGGCUUCUCGUCUGGCCGGCUGCAAGUUCAGUCCCAGGAUUGAACCCAUGGCUUGCCAGAUGGAGGGCUGCUCCUUUGACCAGGUGGCCGGGGAGGCGCCCCCUCGCUGGGCGGGGUCUGGGGGCCCUCCGUCUUGGGGAGGUCGCUGCAGCAGGAGGAGAUCGGCAAGCCCAUCCAUGGUGAAAAAGCCUUGUCCUACCCGCGCUGAGGUGACCCAUGUGGGCAACGCUACCAUGGACAGAGGCUGUGGCUGAAUGGAUAGCGUGACGGCGCCGCGUUCAGGAGGACGCGAGUUCAAUCCCCGCCCGGUGCCACCAAGCUGGGAUUUUUCAGCCGCUGCCGAGUGGCUUAAAACUACCCACAUGCCGUCCAGAAGACCACCUAUCAACCCGGACUCUAGAUUCUAGGAUUAAAGAUGAGCUCCGGGAGGGCAGCAUGAGCCAAUGCAAGAUGGCGUCACUAUAAACACUCGCCUAAGCCAGAACGGGCUGGGCCAUACCAUCAGGCCCCUCCAAAACAAGCCUACUGGUGCCCAGGGAGAGACUGCCCAGGGAGAGACUGCCCAGGGAGAGACUGCCCAGGGAGAGACUGCCCAGGGAGAGACUGCCCAGGGAGAGACUGCCCAGGGAGAGACUGCCCAGGAAGAGACUGCCCAGGGAGAGACUGCCCAGGGAGAGACUGCCCAGGGAGAGACUGCCCAGGAAGAGACUGCCCAGGAAGAGACUGCCCAGGGAGAGAUUGCCCAGGGAGAGAUUGCCCAGGAAGAGACUGCCCAGGGAGAGACUGCCCGGGGAGAGACUGCCCAGGGAGAGACUGCCCGGGGAGAGACUGCCAAAAGAGAGACUGCCCGGGGAGAGACUGCCAAAAGAGAGACUGCCCAGGGAGAGACUGCCAAAAGAGAGACUGCCCAGGGAGAGACUGCCCAGGGAGAGACUGCCCAGGGAGAGACUGCCCAGGGAGAGACUGCCCAGGGAGAGACUGCCCAGGGAGAGACUGCCCAGGGAGAGACUGCCCAGGGAGAGACUGCAGGUCUCCCUGCCGACUGACCGCCCCCACACCACACCCAUCGCACUGUCGGAAGCUUCAUUCAAGGCCACAGCAUCAGCAAUCACAGUCCGCUCCACCCACCUGGUCUCCAAGCUACUGUCCCUCCCUCGAUCGGUCUCCAAGCUAGUGACCCUUCCUCGAUCGCUCUCCUCAAAUCGUAGGUUCGUGUGCCUGGUGGUGGUUUCUAAGGAGGUCUCUCGGUCUCUAGUCGUAAAGUAAACGUUCCUCUGUCUAUCUGUGGUCUCUGAACCGGUCUCCGUGUGCUGUUAAGAGAGAUAUGAUGGUUUUAAUGAGUGGUUUCUCCAAUCCAAGGUUCGUGUGCCUGGUGGUGGUUUCUAAGGAGGUCUCUCGGUCUCUAGUCGUAAAGUAAACGUUCCUCUGUCUAUCUGUGGUCUCGGAACCAGUCUCCGUGCGCUGUUAAGAGAGAUAUGAUUGCCUUCAUGGAUAAUGUCACAGGCUGGAGAACUACACAACACCGGUCCUCCGCUGAGUGGUUGAUUGCCUGGUCUACCGGACCCUGGAGGAGUGGUAGAUUGCCUGGUCUACCGUGGAUAUGAGUGGUUGAUUGCCUGGUCUACCCCUGGAUGAUGCGGGUGUUCCUAUGCAGGGGAGGACUCACACAUGCGAUAAGGGUAAGGAGUGUUCUGAUAUGGUGCCUCCCCCCUCAACACCAGUCGGACGUGGAGACCCCCCCCUGAGCCUGACGGUGGAGCUGUGGGCCCUGCACCAGACCCCCCCCCCCACACACCACCCACAGCAGGGGCAGGCCGUUAAGACACCCCCCACAGGCUAAGACAGGGAUCGAGGGACUUGAAGAUGCGGGUUUUUGUCCAUCUGCACAAGAAUUGACACAUGGUAUUUAGGAGCAGGAGCGUCGGCGGAGAUCGAGCUGGCGGAAGGUUGGCGGCUGGGUCACGCUCGCCAUGGACAAGGAGUUCUGUGACAUGCGCUCGGCUGAUGUUGUUGACCUCGGCUACAUCAGUCUUACUAAGGUGGUGGAGGUGUGGGACUACAUCUACAUCGACGACGGACUCAAGGAGAUCGCCGAGACAACUACUACUACUAUUACUACUACUAUCCUUUAUACUGCUAUGUGUACUAUUAAAUCCUCUAUACUGUUA